GCGAGGCAGAGCUCUCCUUAACGCGUGCUCUAGCUGAUGUGGCGCGCGCGUACGCUGAUGUGGCUCGUUCCUCUCGUGCACAUGGUCCAAGAGCUGAUGCAACACACGCCCGCGAGCGGGUCUCGUGAACGUCGUUAGCACAGCGCGCGAUGUGCUGCGGUUUGACGCGCCACCGUAAAGAAGCAGUUCGGGCUUUCGUUUCGUUUAUUUCCUGAAGCCGAGCUACGACGCGUUUCCUCGCGCGUGCGACACAACGUGCUCCACUACCGACGGCAGCGCGCGCAGAUGAUGUCCGGCAUAAUUCAACGCGUCAGUUAAUGACGUGCGGGCGCGUUUGCAUCACUGCUGCUUUUACUGAGACGAGCUGGACUCCUCCAACCAGGUGGCGGACAGCUAGCGGGCGCCUUCCCAUGGGGGAUGUCUUCCAGGGCGUGUUCUACGAUCACAUACCAACUUUUUCUCCCUUUGACUUCCACUGGCAUGUGAGCGAUCUGGAUCCAUUGGGGUGGGACCUUCAGGCGUCUGACCGUGCUGUGUGAGGUGUGUGUGUGAGGUGUGUGUCACCAUGGUGCUGACCACUUUGCGAAGCUUUGGGCAGAUGCUACUGCGUGUGAAGGCGGUCGACUCCAGUACGCAGGAGACGCGACUGGCACGCUGCCUCAACACCUUCGACCUGGUGGCACUGGGCGUGGGCAGCACGCUGGGCGCCGGCGUGUACGUGCUGGCCGGGGCCGUCGCCAAGGACAACGCCGGCCCCGCUAUCGUCCUCUCCUUCCUCAUUGCCGCGCUGGCCUCCGUCAUGGCGGGCCUGUGUUACGCAGAGUUCGGCGCGCGCGUGCCCAAAACAGGAUCUGCUUACCUCUACAGCUACGUUACCGUGGGCGAGCUGUGGGCCUUCAUCACAGGCUGGAACCUCAUCCUCUCCUACAUCAUAGGAACCUCCAGCGUUGCCCGGGCCUGGAGUGCCACAUUUGAUCGGCUGAUAGACAACCGCAUCGAGGUGUUCUACAGAGCUCAUAUGAGCAUGGACGCACCGGGGAUCCUCGCAAAGUACCCGGACAUCUUCGCCGUUCUCAUCAUCCUCGUUCUGACUGGGCUGCUGGCGUUCGGUGUGAAGGAGUCGGCCAUGGUGAACAAGGUGUUCACCUGCAUUAAUGUGCUGGUCUUGAUGUUUGUGAUUGUGUCCGGACUGGUGAAAGGCACCUUCAGCAACUGGACUCUGAGUCCACAGCAGAUUCUCAACACCAGCUCUAGUGAAAAUGUGUCAGAGGCGAGUCUGGGACAGGGUGGUUUCAUGCCCUUCGGUUUCUCGGGGGUUCUUUCCGGAGCUGCGACGUGUUUUUACGCGUUUGUGGGCUUUGACUGUAUCGCUACCACAGGAGAGGAGGUGAAGAACCCCCAGAGGGCGAUCCCCAUCAGCAUCGUGGCGUCUCUGCUCAUCUGUUUCGUGGCGUACUUCGGCGUGUCGGCCGCCCUCACGCUCAUGAUGCCGUAUUACAUGCUGGACGAGAACAGCCCGCUGCCAGCUGCCUUCGAACACGUGGGCUGGAGAGGAGCUACGUACGCCGUGAGCGUCGGGUCGUUGUGCGCCUUGUCCACCAGCCUCCUGGGCUCCAUGUUUCCGAUGCCCAGAGUCAUAUGGGCCAUGGCAGAGGACGGUCUUCUUUUCAAGUUCCUGGGCAACAUCAACUCCAGGUCCAAAACCCCUGUAAUGGCUACACUUACCUCAGGGUUUGUGGCAGCCGUGAUGGCGUUCCUGUUUGACCUGAAGGACCUGGUAGACCUAAUGUCCAUCGGGACUCUUCUGGCAUACACGCUGGUGGCCGCCUGUGUCUUGGUGUUGAGGUACCAGCCUGAACAGCCUAGUGUGAGUGUCCAGUAUCAGAUUGCGCGCUCCCAGGACGACGCUGAGCCUGACUCAGUUAGUGAGGGCAGUUCCGGCUUCCUGACAGGCACUCCGUACCAGUGGACCCUCAGCAGUCUGGUCUUCCCCAAGAACACGGAGCCCUCCCGCCAGUCAGGUUUCACUGUCAACGUCUGCGCCGGUGUGAUGGGCAUGUUGGGGUGUGCUCUCUCCGCUGUAGCAGUACACGGUGAGCUGCAGGUCUGGUGUCUUGCUUUGUUCGGUGUGUUGUUGGCGCUGGGCAUCUUCAUCACUCUGCUCAUCAGGCAGCAGCCCGAGAGUAAAACCAAACUCUCCUUUAAGGUUCCUCUACUCCCUUUCCUCCCUGUACUGAGCAUGUUCAUUAAUGUGUACCUCAUGAUGCAGCUUGAUAAAGGCACAUGGCUGCGUUUCUCAGUCUGGAUGUUCAUAGGUUUCUUUAUUUACUUUGGAUACGGGAUCUGGAACAGCUCUGAGGCCAGGACCAACACAGACGCUUCCACCUUUAACCAAGACUGCACAGAACACCGAGCAUCUGUCCCUGAGAAGGAGGCCUUCCUCACAGACACUGUGGAUCCGGCCACGCACGGAGAGGACCCUGACCCCUGACACCAAAGGAUUUUCCGUGUGCAUGGAGAAUGCAUCACGGGCCCGUGAUUGGCCUGUUGUGGCUGCACGCUAUGCUCUGCUGGGAUACGACGCUCACCUGCCACGUUCCUGCCCAACUAACGUCCUCCACACACGCCGCUCACCUGCUGACUUGAGUCGCACUGCGUCUGUCCAACAACAGCCUUCUAUGCGCACGUGUGUGUGGUGUGCUUCCCUGUCGAACUGUGGGCAGCCAAAUUACUUGUUUUUUAAUAUGUUGCCAAAGGUACUAUAGAGUGUGUGUGUGUGUGUGUGUGUGUGUGUGUAUUUAUUGAGUGCAAGCAGUCCUAUAUACUCUAUCACAGAAGCCUCUGAUUGUCUGGCUGUUACUUAUCUGGCCCUGCUUGCUUACAUUCCACAGUCCAAUGUGGGGGGGGGGGGUGUAAUCCAGUUAGUAUGAAUUAAGUGUUUCUCAAAAACAUUGUAAAGGCAACAGUAAGGUGGGAAAAGGAUUGUGAGAGUUCAAAGCUUCUUAAAACAUUGGUUUCUAAUUUUCAUUGUGAUGGUUGGUGCCAGCGUGCGUCUGUCCUGUGACAUCUUUGCUUUGGUCAGCUUGUGCAUGUGUUGCUUUUGUAAUGGUCUCUUUUUUCUUUUCUUUCUUGUUGUGUGGAAGCCAUGAAUGUUGGGUCUUGGUGAGGGACUUUUUUUUUUUUUCUUGUUGUGUGGAAGCCAUGAAUGUUGGGUCUUGGUGAGGGACUUUUUUUUUUUUUCUUGUUGUGUGGAAGCCAUGAAUGUUGGGUCUUGGUGAGGGACUUUUUUUUUUUUUUUUUCUUGUUGUGUGGAAGCCAUGAAUGUUGGGUCUUGGUGAGGGACUUUUUUUUUUUUUCUUGUUGUGUGGAAGCCAUGAAUGUUGGGUCUUGGUGUGGGACUUUUUUUUUUUUUUUUUUU